ACGACACCAAAAAAUGCCACAGGACAAACGCCUUUUUCAUUGGUGUACGGAUGCGAAGCUGUCAUUCCAGUCGAAGUCGAGGUGCCAACAUCCAGAUACAGACUUAUCACGGAGGCAACAAACAACAUAGAGGUGGUUCAUGAUCUUGACACCAUUGACGAAUUGAGAGAGAAAGCCAAAGUACAAAUGGCAGCCUAUCAACAAAGGGUGGCAAGAAGCUACAAUAAGGAUGUCCGUGCCAAAAUAUUCAAGAAAGGCGAUUGGGUGCUCAGGAAAUCCUUCGGCAACGAAGCAAGCGGAAAAUUCAGUCCUAACUGGGAAGGCCCAUAUUAAAUUACAGAUGUUGUCGGGCAGGGGGCAUACCGGUUGGAAUCCAUUGACGGUAAGCAAGUGCCAAGGAGUCUAUUAGAGCAUCUCCAACGUGGGAAGGCCCAUAUCAAUUUACAGAUAUUGCUCUUAGAUUGAUUGGGACUCUAUUAGAGCAUCUCCAACGUGAGCCUGUUGACAUUAGGAAAAACUGCCGCAUCAGCCAUGUCGACAUAUCUCGCAACAUUUUCGUCUCCAGCGCAAUAUGUCUAAGGCCAUAUAAAGCUGACCUGUACAAAAAUAACGUCAACAUUGUUAAGGUGACUGUCUUCUGAUAACAGCCUCCUUGACAUGAUGAGUCAGCCAAAAUGGGUGAAGAAAUUCCGCAAAAAAAUCUCCAAAACGUCUUGAACCAGUGAACCACGGCCUAUACCUUCAAGUAGUGGGUUUCUUCAACAAAUUAAUUUCGCGGUUUUCAAUGUAGCAGAUUCCUCCUCUCCCCAUUCCGCAUGGCCUCCUCGCCACUGACAGUGUACCGUCCUCUCUCUACCUCCAUCCUGUCUCUCAGAUUCUCGCUUCAAUCCGUCCGAUUGUUGCUCUCAUAAUCGUUCAGUUCCGAUUUUGUAGCACUCAAGAGUCAAGGAUGUUGAUGAGCACCGUCUUCACGGAAUCGCAGCUCAUCUCAGACAGAUGGUGUUACAAAGUUACUGAAGGUGGGUUGAAGAGAUGGGUUGAAGAGAGGAGGUUCGGGUAGAAAAGGAAUAAUCUGGAAAUAUGAAAAAUCAUGAAAGACGCACUCCUCUUGGUGAAUGAUGGCACAGCAGUAGAGCGGAUGGGGUGAACCCUUAACGCCCAAUUUGUUCUUGACUCAUUAAGUCUUGAACUUUGUUGAACAGCAUUUUCGCACAACUUCACGGUCGGCAAAAAGGAAUGAAGAUCUCAAUUUGCCUGAGUAGUUUUUUCGGCCGAUGGUGGUAUUUAAUGUGGUAGCAGUCAGUUAAUGCAGAGCAGAUAAGGUGAACGUGCUUAGUGGUUAUGAGUGAUGUUUUAGAAAGUGCUAAAUGUACGGCCCUGAACUGCACUAUGUAACCAUAUAUUACGUGUGUCAAAUUUUAAAACUGUCCGAUUAUUUU